AGGAGAUAUCAACAUAUGUUUUAUAGAAACCUCUGACAUUUAUUUAACUAAUAUGUAUAUCUCUAACCAAAUUUUAUAGAGUUUUAGUUGGACAAUUAAACUUGGAUCAUAAUGCAUAUAAACUUCAUGGAUCGUACGAAUGAUUUUAAGAAAGCAAUUUGUGAUAUUAGAAAAGAAAAUAGUAUUCUAGAUAAUACCGUACUGAAAAAACCAUCUCUGGAUUUACAUGCUUAUAAAAGGAGAAAAUCUGAUUUUAAUAAGAAGGCCAAUGACAUUGUCCAGUCUAUAUCAAAAUUGCGGGAUUUUUUACUGCAACACCGCAUUGCGUAUAUAAAUUCUCAUCAAGCAGUAGGCCUUGCGUCACAGCCAAUGAGUGAUCAUGAAAGAGACAAAAUUGAUGAGGAAGCUCAGAAUAUUAUUAAGAAAUGUAAUGAUGCCAUUACAGUGAUGCAGCAAAACGUCGAACAAGACAAUAUAUCUGAUCAACAAUGCACCCAUAGGCAACUUGUACUUGCUUCAAUACAAAAUCACCUAAAGUCUGUAUGUAAAAUCUACAGUGAACAAAGAGCAAUCAGAGUUAAAUUAGUGGUUGACAAAAAACGCAUUUCACGUUUGCAUAAUCCGGAAACACAUAAGAAAGCUUUGACACAGGAUCCAGAUCAUUCAAACAAUACAGAACGUCCAGCUAUAAAAUUUGAAAGCAAAUUCAAUUAUGAAGAGAGUGAUGAAGAUGAUUUUUCUGAGACUGAAGCUGCAGCAUUGGAACAAGAAAAUGUUCUGUUAUUCAAUGACAUGAAUAGCAUGGUUGAUGAAGUGCGUGCAAUCGAGGGAAAGGUUGUUGAAAUUACUCGGUUACAGGAAAUUUUUAGUGAACAAGUUUUGCAACAGGAAGGAGACAUUGAAAUAAUAUCAGAAAAAGUUAUUGAAAGUACUGAAAAUAUAAAAGGUGGUAAUGAGGAACUGCGGGAGGCGAUAAAAAACAAUGCUGGGUUCAGAGUUUGGAUAUUGAUAUUUUUAUUGAUGUGCUCAUUCUCUCUUUUAUUUCUUGAGUGGUAUAGCUGAUAAGGUGCGAUAAAUAUAACUAUUACUGUUCUAUAUUGAAAGGGGUGGUGAUAAAAGUAUCAUUUGGCACUAAAAGGGAAUCAAAUACUGGAAGAAGCUGAAUACAAAUGUUGGUAUAGGUGUAAUUUUUUUAAAGCCAAAUCUGAUAUUGAAUGAAAGCGGGGCUGUGAAAUCGGAAGAAAUAUAAACCUGACUCUGAAUGCCAAUACAUUCAACUCCGACUCCCAACUCUGGGCUAAUGAAAAUUCUGCUUUGUCUCUAGGUUGAGGUGAAUUUUGAUGUCAGCUGGGAAUCCCAAGAAAAUCAAACUUUGUUGUUUGCAAGCAUUCUUAAGUUAUCUAUCUGCUGUGAAUGCUUAGUCAACCUGAAGCUUUUUGAGUUUUGUUAGAAAUUUUAACUUUGAUUGUCACCAUUUAAUUCUGAAAUUUGAUUCUGUGGGUGUACAGUUUGAAAAAUGGGUAUCUCAGUCGGACUCCAACAAUAUUGAUGGACAUUUAAUUCCAUGUUCCAGUUGUAACAAUUUCAUUAUAAAAUCAUUUUAUGAUCUGCAAUUUACACUUGUCUUUAUUCUCAGUAUCUGAUUUCAAGGCCACUAUGUUUUUCUUAAAAUUUGCUGCAAUA